AUGGCUAGAAAGACUAGGACAGUGGCCGAGGAGAUAGCCAAGGAGCUUUCGAAGCCAGUAUUCAAGGAUGUGGAUAUUGAAAAUGAGCCAGAUAGCUCCUCGGAAGGAAGUGAUGAGGAGGUGUCGCGCGAACACUACGUUCAGAACCGCAGCAGGUUAAGAGGAGUCGAACUGGGCGAGAACUACCGGGGAAAGAAGGUGAGUCGCGGUGACCUGUACGAUGGUGACGAAGCGCAAAGCGAGGGCAGUGAAUCUGAGGAGGCAGAGUCCAACGAUUCUGAUAUUCUAGCAGAUGUGACUGAUAGUGAGAAUGAAGAGGAUACCCAUAAUAGUGACGAAAGCGAGGCAAGUGAGGAGGGCGAGGGCGACCAGGAGAGUGAAAACGACGACUCAGACGCAUCGUCAGUCGCUGAUUCAUACAAACGGGAGAGGUUAUCGCAGCUGCUGGCUGAAGAGAAAAAGCAAAUCAUUUCGAGGCUAUCUGCCACCGCCAAGAGCGACGCUAUCAAGGGAUACGCUAUUCUGAGCCAGCAUCGAAUAUUCGAUCUGAUUUUAGACAGUCGAAUCAAAUUGCAAAAGGCCAUUGUGUCUGCCAAUCAACUACCGCUGAACACAGAGAUAUACGACUCGCUAUCCAAGAAGGAAAAGAAAGAGGUUGAAAAAGUGCAGGACAAGGUCCUUGAGCUAUUAGGAAAGACAAUCAGUGUGCGGAGAAGAUUAUAUGCCAAAGACAAGAUUGAGGCUCCCGCUGCCAGCACCAACAAGAGAUCUUUGGCCUCUCUGUACGAAGAGACUAACGAAUUUGAUUCUGUCUUGGAACCGUUCAAAAAGAAUGUGUUGGUGAAGUGGUCUGCAAAAGUGCAAGCUGCAUCUGGCUCGUCUGCUCUUCAAUCCGGCAAGUUCCAGACCAUCAACCAAGACGCAUACUCUCAAGUGCAAAGCAACCUUCAGGACAUGGAGAGACUGGUGAAGAGAACGAAGCUGAAUCGCCGCGGGGUGACUCCGCUGGGCAUGGAAAAGGACCAAGAGCCGAUUUUAUUCGACGACGACGAUUUCUACAGAGUCUUGCUGAACGACAUGGUGGAUAAGAAGAUCUCUGACAAAGCGGCUUCGUCUGCUGCGAUUGUGACGAUGAGCUCGAAUAGAAUACACAAGAACUAUGACCGCAGGGCUACAAAGGGCCGCAAAUUAAAAUACACCGUGCAGGAGCCGUUGCAACAGUUUGAGGUUCCCAAGAAGAGCGGGUGGGCAUGGAACGACGACCAAAUCGAUGAGUUCUUUGCGUCAUUGCUUGGUAGGAAAAUAGACAUGGGAGAAGAGGCCGAGGAAAACGAGCCGGAGGAGGGCGAGGCUAUACUGAAGUCCGACCUCAAACUGUUUGGAUAA